UUCGGGCUCGUCUUUUCUGGAGGCGCACGGAAGGGUGGUGUCGCUCCUUUUAUGACGCGAUAGGCACUAAGACGCUGAGGCUUAGGAGCCGGAAGGGCUGGAAGACGGGGUCACUGGCCUUGAGCUUUGGGGACUGAACGGAGUUUCUCCGCACUACUAGAAUGGAAACUGAAAAUGGAAAUCAAAAAAAGGCAAUAGAAGAGGAGAUGACCAAGAAAAAAGAAGUUGAGAAAAAGAAAAGGUCUAGAGUCAAACAGGUGCUCGCAGAUAUUGCUAAACAAGUAGACUUCUGGUUUGGAGAUGCCAAUCUUCACAAGGAUAAAUUUCUUCGAGAGCAAAUAGAAAAAUCUAGAGAUGGAUAUGUUGAUAUAUCACUUCUCAUCUCAUUUAAUAAAAUGAAAAAACUGACUACUGAUGGGAAACUAAUAGCCAGAGCCUUGAAAAGUUCAGCUGUUGUAGAGCUGGACUUGGAAGGUACCAGAAUCAGGAGGAAGAAACCCCUGGGAGAAAGGCCUAAGGAUGAGGACGAGCGCACGGUGUAUGUGGAGCUGCUUCCUAAAAACGUGAAUCACAGCUGGAUUGAGAGAGUAUUUGGGAAAUGCGGCAAUGUUGUUUAUGUAAGCAUUCCACAUUAUAAGUCUACGGGAGAUCCAAAGGGAUUCGCCUUUGUGGAAUUUGAAACAAAAGAACAAGCGGCAAAAGCUAUUGAGUUUCUCAACAACCCACCAGAAGAAGCACCAAGAAAACCCGGCAUAUUUCCCAAAACAGUGAAAAAUAAACCCAUUCCGGCACUCGGAGGGGAAGAGAAGAAAAAGAAAAAGAAGAAGAAAGUGCGGGUGAAGAAGGAAGACAGUGUGCAGACCAAAGAGGUGGACAUGGACACCACAGGCAAGGUGAGCACAGCGAAAAGGGCCAGGGCCACAUCGGAGGGCUCUGAUGCCGAGGCCGCAGAGCCCCUGAAGCCACCCUCAAAGAAAAAGAAAAAACGCGAGAAAACAGAUGGAUGCAGCUUGCCUUCAGCCAGGACAGGGAAGAGGAAGAGAAGUAACUCUGAGGAUGGAGAAAGUCUAAACCCCAAAUCAAAAGUCAAGAAAACUACUCAGAAAGACGUCAGUCAAGAAACCUCAGAAACCCCUAGAGAUAAAGAUUUAGAACUUUCAACAGAAGAGGAGAAAGAUACUGGAGACUUAAAAGAUGGAUCCCUCCUAAAAGCAAAGCGGAAGCACAAGAAAAAGCAUAAAGAGAGACAUAAAAUGGGAGAAGAGGUCAUCCCAUUAAGAGUGCUAUCCAAGUGUGAGUGGAUGGACUUGAAAAAAGAGUAUUUAGCACUGCAGAAAGCCAGCAUGGCUUCUUUAAAAAAAACAAUAUCCAAAAUAAAAUUGGAGUCAGAGAUGGAAGCAGACAAUGGAAUGAAGCUUGAAAAACCAAACAGUGAAGAGUGUGGCCCCCAGGAAAAAGCUAAUGCCACAGGCCCACAGUUUGUCAGCGGUGUCAUUGUGAAGAUCAUUAGCACGGAGCCUCUGCCCGGCAGGAAACUAGUCAGGGACACUUUGGCAGCAGUCUCAGAAGUUGUUUAUGUUGACCUGCUAGAAGGAGACACAGAGUGCCAUGCUAGAUUUAAAACCCCUGAAGAUGCUCAAACAGUAAUAAAUGCACAUCCAGAAAUUAAAAAGAAGCACAGCUGGAAACUGGAGAUUCUUUCUGGUGAUCACGAGCAGAGGUACUGGCAGAAGAUUCUGGUAGAUAGGCAAGCCAAACUUAAUCAGCCCCGAGAAAAGAAGAGAGGCACUGAGAAGUUAAUCACCAAAGCUGAGAAGAUUAGACUUGAGAAGACUCAACAAGCAAGUAAACAUAUUAGAUUUUCUGAAUAUGUUUGAAAAAAAAGAAAAAGAUAAGUUUUGGUCCACUGCUUACUAUUUCACUGGAUACUUGAACUGUCUCUAAGAAAUCCAUUGUUAUUAUGGAAGCAAUGUAUAAUGAUUUUUCCCCCUAAAGUUGUGAAGUAAUUAAAAGAAACAUCUUUCA